AUGUUGUCUUCCCGAGGAAGUGAGAAUGUUAGGGAAUUGGCUAAGCCCUGGCGCUUUAGUCUUACCCAAAAUUAUGACCCAGAGGAGAAUCCAACGGGUCUCAUCUCAUUUGGCAUGGCGGAGAAUGUAUCUGUAUCCCCCACAAGCAGGAUUCCAAAAGCUAACUACCAACUAGAAACCAAUGAGAGUUGA